AUGUCUACUUCUGCUCUCUGCUUCUCGGAUGUGGGUUCUGUGAACGCUGCUUCGCUUGGCUCCGGAAAAGAGAAUUCUGGGGAAGGGGAUGCGCGACCCGGGAGGAGGAGGAAGACCGCCACCUCGCGAGUCUCGCCAUGGAGGUGGAAGAGGCCUUCUCUCUGGUGGGCCAGAUGGGCCCCUUCCAGGUGUGGCUUUGCGUCUUGCUGGCCGCGCUGCUCCAGCUCUAUGUAGCCAGUGAAGCGGUCCUCAUUGCACUAGUAGGAGCAAUACCACCUUAUCACUGGGAUCUUGAAGGAAUACUAGCUAAUCAUAGCCAUAGUAAUGACACAACUAUUGAAGAAAACAACUUUAGAAAGUGGCUUCUAACAGCCAAUUGGAGUGACCUUCAUAAAUAUGUACAUUUUAACAGCAAUUUUACUUCAAUAGCCUCUGAGUGGUUUUUAAUUGGCAAUACUUCAUAUAAGAUCAGUGUUGCUAGUUCAUGUUUCUUUGGUGGUGUGUUUGUUGGAGUAAUUACUUUUGGACAACUAUCAGAUCAUUUUGGGAGGAAAAAAGUCUUUCUCAUAGGUUUUGGCCUUGACAUUCUAUUUGCUGUUGCUAAUGGAUUUUCUCCUACGUAUGAGUUUUUUGCAGUCUCUCGUUUCUUGGUAGGAGUAAUGAAUGGUGGAAUGUCACUGGUUGCUUUUGUCCUGUUGAAUGAAUGUUUGGGAACUGCUUUUUGGGCAUUGGCAGGAUCACUCGGUUGCCUCUUCUUUGCUGUGGGAAUUGCACAAUAUGCUUUGUUAGGAUAUCUUAUUCGCUCCUGGAGAUUAUUAGCAGUGGUGGUUAACUUGGAGGGAGCUCUAGUCUUUCUCCUUUGUCUAUUCAUUCCUGAAUCACCUCGUUGGUUAUAUUCACAAGGUCGACUCCAUGAAGCUGAAGAUUCUCUCUACCUCAUUGCAAAGAGAAACUACAAGCCCAAGUGCACUUUUUCACUUAAACUUCCAACUGCAUGGAUCUGUAAGCAGUCUUGUAGUAUUAUGGAUCUGUUCCGAUAUAAGAUCCUUUUGGGACGUACUCUGGUCAUGCUAUUCAUCUGGUUUGUAUGCAGCUUGGUUUAUUAUGGUCUUACUCUCAACGUGGGUGAUCUGGGUGGCAGUAUCUAUGUUAAUUUGGCUCUUUCUGGUCUAAUAGAGAUUCCUGCAUAUCCACUCUGUGUCUAUAUGAUAAACCAGAAAUGGUUUGGCCGCAAACGGACACUUGCUGCAUUUUUGUUUCUAGGGGGACUGGCCUCUCUUCUUGUCAUGUUCCUUCCACAACAGAAAGCUGCAGGAGUAUUUGUGAUUGUGAAUAGCCGUUCUUUGUCUUUACUUGGAAAACUGACUAUCAGUUCAGCCUUUAACAUUGUAUAUAUCUACACAUCAGAACUCUAUCCUACCGUUAUCAGGAAUGUUGGAAUGGGAACCUGUUCUAUGUUUUCUCGAGUUGGUGGAAUUAUUGCUCCUUUUGUCCCAUCUCUGAAAGUUAUAUAUUGGUGUCUGCCAUACAUUGUGUUUGGAGUGGCAAGUGUAUUAUCUGGUCUUCUGAGUCUCUUACUGCCAGAAACCCUAAAUAGCCCACUGUUGGAGACAUUAUCUGAUAUACCGGUUUGCUCAUAUCGAAGGCUUGAGGGUGAAGCCAUGUCACUGAAGAUCUUAGAAGAUUCACAGUCUGAUCAAGAUUCAUCCAGGACUGAAAGUGACAAUGAAGAAUUCUAUGAUGCCAGUGAAGAGACUCAGAUGAUCAAGUGAGGGAUCCCUGUCUAAUAUUAUGCCCUCUUUACGGAGAAAAAGCUGGGUAAAUCUUACUUAAAUGCCAGGUGCAAUUGUGACAGUAGCAAUAUGAUACUGUGCUUUUAAAAAAAAAAUAUGAUUCAGUUAUCAUAUUGUAAUAGAAGACUACGGCCACCAGGAGGCUCCCUUGACACAUGGAGCUGACUGAUUUAGGACAGUAAGAAAUAUGCAAGUGAACUCUUAGUUUUAAAUGACAAUCAUCUGUUAUGUAGCCAAAUCUUCAGCAUAUAUUAGAAUUUUCUUUGCACUUUGUUUUUGUUAAGUGAAUUUCAUGUUUGUUGCACUUUGGUUUUAUUUUACUGUACUGAAAAUGUGACCAUGGAAAGCUAUUAUUAGCUAUUGAAUAGAAAAAAAUGGUUUCAGAUAUUGCAAGAUGUUACAUUUAUACUGUGAAAUCUAAUGCUGUAUAUAAUAUAGAAUUGGUAAAUGUUCAGGUUUUAUAGUGUGUGAUAAUGUUGCAAAGAAGAGAAGUUCGUAAAUUGAAAUGAUUGAUGUUAAAAGGGAACCAAACAUGAUCUAUGACAUUUUUCAGAUAUACUUUUAAUUAUUGCCAAAGAUCCUCCUUGAUUUCUUUCAACCUAUUGUAUUUCCACAUCUGGCACUUUUGUAUUUGUGUAAUAUCAGGGGACUAUAGAAAUCUUUAUGAGAAUAUAGUGGAAUAUAUCCUUGAAAUCAAUGAUUUAUGUAGAAACUUUAUCUACCUCAGUUUACAUACUUUAUGAAAUAUACUUGAUGGUACC